AUGUCCAAGGCUGCACGCUCGCCAAAGCUGCGCUGGAUCGCGCUCGGCGCACUCGCCGUCUUUGGCCUGUACCACCUCGCCGGCCCGUCGUCGUCGUCGUCGUCCUCAACCUCGUCGUCUCCCGCCUCCGGCCUCGCCUUUGCCGCCGCCGACGAGACGCCGUUCCCCGACGAGGUGUGGGCGCACGCCAAGGACCCCGAGACCGACGUCGAAGUGCUCGGCGUCGGCAGGCACUCGGCGACCAUCAUCUUCAUCCACGGUCUGGGCGGCAACGCAGAGAUCGUGCUCCCUCUGGUCGCGAGGUUGCGGCCAAAGCUGUGGCAGGUCGCAUGGGUCCUCCCUAACAGCCCUCAACUCGCCUUUACCGGCGCACAAGGCGAGACGAUGUCGGCAUGGUUCGACAUGGACGAGCUCCUGCUCCCGGAUCACGCGCCCAUGCCCAAGCGUGAGGACGAGAAGCGCAUGCGCGCCGCCGUCGACCGCAUUCACGGCCUCAUUCAGAAGGAGCUUGACCGCGGCAUCGAUCCGGACCGCAUCGUCCUUGCCGGCUUCUCGCAAGGUUGCGCGACGACCCUCUUGUCCGGCCUCUCGUGGAGCGGGGGCAAGCUCGGCGGGCUCAUGUGCCUGUCCGGCUGGCUCCCGAUGGCGUACGACAUCAAGAAGCAGGGCAGCAGCGAGAAGCACCCGAUGCAGAGCGCCCACGCCAACGAGCUGCCGGUGUUCUGGGGUCACGGCGCGGCGGACAAGGUCAUUCAGUACCAAUGGGCCGAGGAGAGCAUCGGCCACCUCACCAAGAUGGGCUUCAAGGACGUGCAGUUCCACACCUACCCGGAACUCGUACACUGGGUCGGCGACGACGAGGAGGACGACAUGCUCGCCUGGUUCUCCAAGAUGCUGCCGCAGACGUAGCGCACCCGAACGAGCUUUGAUCUACAUCUGCAUUACGAUCACCAUGUAUCACAGCC